AAACCGAAGGAACUAAUCUUCUUCCCAAAUAAAAAAUACAGCUGCCAAUUUUAAGCACUAUCGAGAAUCGACUCUUUAGAGGGAUUCUGGUUAAAGACAAAACUCACCUAAACGAAUCAAAACUCCCUGAACUAACGCCACUUCCCUUCCUUCAUCACUUGCAUGGCAGGCUCUUUUCAUUGCUCCAUUAUUUAAAUGCUUGCUUCUACUAUUUUAAAGAUGCUUCUCAAUUUACAGAUUCGUUUAAACAUGGGGUCUUUUCUUUUUAGCACUUACUUAACUUUCAACUCUAACCUGUCCCAAAGCAAACAGUCCAUGCACACUCUCUCUCUGUUAUCUCCGCUUUAUCUUAGCUCCAAUUCUCGAUUUCACCGUCAGUGCUCGGUUUUAAAUCCUUCAACUUAAACGUCUUUCACCAAAACUUAGCUAGAACCUCUUUUGAUCUUUUCGUUUUCUUUUUUCUGAUUUUUGAUGGCUUCAGUUACUAACCCACUUCACUUUUCGAUCAAAACUCCUGGAAUAUCUUCGCUCUACCUAUCAAAGAGCAAGGUUUCAUCAUCCACUGAUGUUCAACUUAGAACUGGGUCACUUGCUUCGAAAUCUACGCGCCUGGAGUUUUCACCGUUACCUGAGAAAAAAGAAUCUCCUUUGAGGGUUAAUUCCUCCGGCGGAUGUUUGAGAUUUACAGGCUGGAGUCAACAGAUAAGGCAGCGAAGUACCGUUGACUUUCCGGUUGUUUCAGCUGCUGCAGCGGAUGCAGAUGGUUGUGAGAUUGAAAUUUCUGAUGGGUACACAAAGCCUUCUAAGAGCUUUGGUGAGAGAUUUCCUGCAUUGGUUACGGGCUUCUUUUUCUUUAUGUGGUACUUCUUAAAUGUCAUCUUCAAUAUACUCAACAAGAAGGUCUACAAUUACUUCCCAUAUCCGUAUUUUGUUUCUGUUGUACAUCUUCUAGUUGGAGUUGUAUACUGUCUUGUUUCUUGGGGUGUUGGUCUACCCAAACGUGCUCCAAUUGAUAAGGAGCUGUUGUUACUAUUGACACCGGUUGCACUCUGUCAUGCCCUCGGACAUGUCAUGUCCAACGUAUCAUUUGCCACUGUUGCUGUAUCUUUCACUCACACCAUUAAAGCUUUGGAGCCAUUCUUCAAUGCUGCUGCUUCUCAAUUUGUUUUAGGCCACCAGAUUCCUUUGUCCUUGUGGUUAUCAUUGGCUCCUGUUGUUAUUGGUGUUUCAAUGGCUUCACUGACUGAACUUUCUUUCAACUGGACUGGUUUCAUCAGUGCAAUGAUUUCAAACAUUGCAUUUACUUACAGAAGUAUCUAUUCAAAGAAAGCAAUGACAGGUAUGGACAGUACAAAUGUGUAUGCUUACAUUUCAAUAAUUGCCCUCAUCGUCUGCAUCCCGCCAGCAGUACUUAUUGAGGGCCCCCAGCUGAUGCAAUAUGGUUUCAAGGAUGCAAUUGCUAAAGUGGGUUUAACCAAAUUCUUAUCUGAUCUGUUCUGGAUCGGAAUGUUUUAUCAUUUAUACAAUCAGGUUGCAACUAACACAUUGGAAAGGGUUGCUCCUCUCACACACGCAGUUGGAAAUGUUCUAAAGCGAGUCUUUGUUAUUGGUUUCUCAAUUGUUGUAUUUGGCAAUAAGAUCUCCACGCAAACUGGGAUUGGUACUGUUAUAGCAAUUGCAGGUGUUGCCAUCUACUCCCUCAUAAAAGCAAACAUGGAAGAACAAAAACGAAAAGCUGCCUUGACUGGUGCUUCAUAGGAGGAAAUGAUUAGUUUGAGUAGAAUGCAGAGCUGUGUCUUAAUGAGAAAUAAAGAAGAUCCGCAUUAUAAUGUUGGAGGAGGAAUCUUCAGAACCAGACUUACAAGUUGAUAGUAGCAGCAACUGAUUCGGAAAAGCAGUGAACAAUGAGAUAUCGAAGUCUUGAAAAUGGCCUUAUUCAGUUACAAAAAAUAGGAUAUGAACUCAUUUUGGAUUUUAAUUAAGGCGAAUGCCACAAGUCAAAUAUAAAUUAUUUAUUGCGCAGCUAUUUAUGUGUCUCACUCUCACACUUUCUGCCUUUCAUAUCCUAAUAAAUCCAACCUCUGCAAUCGUGACUGAAUCAUGAUAAUGGCUAUUGGGUACUGUUCAAAUCAUUUCAAAUAUGAUAUGGCAAUCAAAUAAUCACAAAUUACAUAAAAAUCAAAUCAAAUCUUCAACCUUUGUGUUGAGAUAUUGUUGAGAUAUUGUAUAGAUAGUGAAUCAUAGAUACUCAUAUAGAAUAGGAAUGCUAUAAUAUCCUUCCUAAACUUAGAUAGAAGUAGUUAAUAGUCUUCCUAAAUUAGCUAUCCUAAUAUCCUAUAUAAUUGUAAUUCUAUUGAACAUGAAAAAUAACAGAAAAUUAUAUUCUUUCA